AAAAAUCCCAAUAAGUGUAUAUUAACUGCUUUAUGUGAAAGUUAUAGUGUCUACAAAUGGCGGUAUAUAUACUGGAAUAUUUAUUUUUAUACCAGUAAUGUCCAGAUCUCUCCUCUCAGCUGUACUGAUGAUCACCGAGUUCCUGCUUAAAAUUGCCGGCCAGGACCCGGUGAUUGAUCAACGACUUUAUAGCUACAGUGAUCAGUGCUAAUAAAAAGCACUGACACUUACUAAUGGCACUGGGCAGGAAGGGUUAACAUCUGGGAC